AUGGCAAUCGACCUCAACCAGCCUGGAGAGCAGGAGGAUGGGAACUCUCAAGGGACUCAAGGGGACAUGAUUGAGGAGGAAGUGCUGGCUUGUCAAUUCGCAUGCUGGUUUCCGACGUUCAAAGACGUGACCUUCAAGAGCGAGAUCAUCGCCUUGUCAGAAAACUUCGUGAAGUACCUCUUGGCAGAUGGGAUUCACGUGCCGCUGCCCAAGCCGAAAGAUUCCGACGAAGCGAGUGAUGGCAGCUGGGGGUCUGGUGGCGAUUCUGAUGAUGAAGCUCGAGAUCCUGAGGGAGUCUUUGAUUUCCCGGAGUUGGAGAGUGCUGUUCGGGCUGCCAUCUCGCGGCUGAAUGGACAAGUCAUUCCGAAGCUUAACUGGAGCGCCCCAAAAGAUGCACACUGGAUUCAUGGCAGCUUGAAGUGCUGUUCGCCAACAGAAGUUUUCACGUUGCUAAAGGCCUCGGACUUCGUGUCGCACGACUUGUGCCAUGCUUUUGACCACACUGCCUCCUCGCGGAGACGACCUGAUGCUUUCACCUUGGUUCUGCGCCGCUGGCAUUCGCUCCAUGAGUCUAGCGAGUUCAGGGCCUUCGUUCGAGAUGCUGAACUCUUGGCAAUUUCUCAGCGGCAGACGGGCGGCUUUUUUGAACACCUGCUGAACACAGAAGAGGCCGAAGCCAUCCAGGCUGCAAUCCGAGAAUUCUUUGAGCAAAAGUUGCGCGGCCGCUUCGGCUUGAAACGGUACGUCUUUGACGUGUAUGUAGACAUACCUCCCAGGCGACGCGUUUGGCUGAUGGACUUCUCUCCAUGGGGUCCGACAACAGAUGCAUGCCUCUUCGACUGGGAAGACCUUUCAGAGAUGGCCCAGGCAUCCCCCGCAUCCCCCGAGUUUCGAGUGGUUCAGAGCGAAGCCGAUCGACGGGGGCGGCUGGAGAACUUCCACCAAAUUCCCUUGGAGCUGGCGGAGAUGGGCUCCAAAGAAGGAUUAGCGGAACUGCUGGAGAAGGCAGAUAAGCUCCUGGCGCAGAAGGAGGCGUACAAGUAUGAGGAGUACAGCGCGGAAUCUGAGACAGUGCCAGACAUGACGACCACUUACAAGACCCACAAUGUUGUCGUGACCAUCAAGGACAAGACGCGAAGGGAGCUAUCGAGCAUGGGUCUUCCGGCUGGCGAGGACUUUAGCACCGAAGAUGGCAAGACAAGGUGGACAUGGGCACCUGUCGAGAACAACAAGGAAGAUGAGCUUAUGCAGCUUCUUUCCCAACACGGAAUUGAUGUUGCUGAGUUCACAUGGCAGAGCUUUGUGGAGCUCUACUCGGAGGUCUACGAGAAGUCCUUGUCGACCGUACAGGUUGUUGAUGGACAACUUGUGCGCAAGGUGAAGGUUGUGAAAGUCUGGCUUGAGGCGAACUUGUUCAGCCAGAAGCAUGUGUUGAUUCUCAAGACCAAGCAGCAACAAGGGCGUGUACAGCACCUUCGCAACAUCAGAACCUUGUCGAUGCGAAUGCGGGCCGUCCAGCAGUGGUCAGAUGCUGUGGCUGAGGCACUCUUUCUGCGUCUCGGCAUCCCGGAGCAGCAGCAGAAGAACAUGCUGAGCGUGACCAAUUCUGAGACCCGAGAAGAGGUGGAGUUCUCGGUCAGUUUCCCCGGCCUGAAAACUGUGUACACCAUCAUGGAGGUUCGCUGUGAGGUGCUGAAUCCACAGGACCAACGUUGGCAGUACAUCGGGUUGCCGUCUGCGGAGGAUUUCACAUUCUGCCGGCAGGAGCAGUUAGCAACUGGCGAGUACGACAUGAUUCUCACUAGGUGUGGCCCCUGUUUCGGUGCCUCGUUGACAUCAUGGCCGUCGUGGCCCAUGCUGAGACCGAGUCCUUGGCACCGCGGCGUGGGCUCAAUCAGCGGAAGCAAGUAG